AUGACUGCUGGAGCUGCUGGAACCAAGGGAACUGCAGGUACUGCCGGCAGUGCUCUUAUUCUCCUUCUCCUCUUCACCAGCCAAACAUCGAGGACAGCUGAGAAUAUACCAGCCACGGCCGCAGGUAUACCGACACCAAGUGCUAUUGUAUUCUCUGAUGACAUACCCCCAGACUUUCCGUCCGAAGUUUCGGUGGGAGAUGGUGCCUCUUCAGUCGAUGUACUAGUCGAUGUUGUUGCCGGCCCCGUUGAUGAAGAGCUUCUAUCAGUCGAGGUAGUGUCCGACGCUGUCAAGAUAGGCUGA